UGAGUGCCGGAGCCGGGAAAGCCCGGUGACCCCGACCCCGACAUGGGGCGACAGGUGAGGCUGCCGCCGGGAGCGCCCUGCCGCGAAGGCUAUGUGCUGUCUGUGCUUUGUCCGAACUCCUCCCAAGCUUGGUGCGAGAUCACAAAUGUGUCACAGCUGCUGGCUUCUCCUGUCCUCUACACAAACCUGAAUUCCAGCAUAACCAACUUGAACAUUUCAGCCAAUGGAGAAAGUAGAUACAGCCUCUUUGUGGGCUUGAUACUGGCUAUAAGCGCCAGUAUUUUCAUUGGCUCCAGCUUCAUAUUGAAAAAGAAGGGCCUUUUGCAACUCGCCAACAAGGGUGUUACUAGAGCGGGACAAGGUGGACAUUCUUACCUCAAGGAAUGGCUUUGGUGGGCCGGACUACUGUCCAUGGGAGCAGGAGAGGCUGCAAACUUUGCAGCUUAUGCAUUUGCCCCUGCCACCUUGGUCACCCCUCUGGGGGCCCUGAGUGUUCUCAUAAGUGCAAUAUUGUCUUCCUAUUUUUUAAAUGAGCACUUGAACAUUCAUGGCAAAAUUGGCUGCAUAUUAUGUAUACUGGGGUCAACUGUGAUGGUUAUUCAUGCCCCACAAGAAGAGGAAGUCACUUCUUUGCAUGAAAUGGAAAUAAAGUUGAGAGACCCAGGAUUUAUUUCCUUUGCUGUGAUCAUAACCUUGAUCUCUUUGGUGCUGAUUUUGAUUGUGGCUCCCAAGAAAGGACAGACCAAUAUACUGGUCUACAUUUCAAUCUGUUCUUUGAUUGGAGCAUUUUCAGUUUCUUCUGUCAAGGGCCUGGGAAUCGCCAUUAAGGAACUGCUAGAAUGGAAGCCAGUUUACAAGAAUCCCAUGGUCUUCGUUUUGCUGGCAGUGCUUGUGCUUUCAGUAUCUACACAGAUUAACUAUCUCAACAAAGCACUGGACACUUUUAACACAUCUCUUGUGACUCCCAUUUAUUAUGUGUUCUUCACAUCCACGGUAGUGACUUGCUCCGCCAUCUUGUUCCAGGAAUGGUAUGGCAUGAAAACUGGAGAUAUUAUCGGGACCUUGAGUGGGUUCCUCACCAUUAUCAAUGGCAUCUUCCUUCUCCAUGCAUUUAAAAAUACUGACAUUACGUGGAAUGAGCUGACAUCCACUGCCAAGAAAGACAUUGUUUCUCCAAAUGGCAAUGAGAAUAAUUAUGUUUUACUAGAGAACAUAGACUGUCCAACCACAGGAUAUGAUGAUGACAUUACCUUGUUUAGCAGGACAGAUGAUCAAAGUCCGUAUAAAUCCUGAUACUUGGAGAGAAGAAAGACUUACUCUUGGAAGGACUACUGGGAAAGCUACUGUUUAUAACAUGUCUAUAAAUACUUCACAUGUGAGGCUGAAGAAAGAAGGUUUUGUUUGACCCUUAACUUUGAAACUCAAGUUUUGAUAUUCCUCCAAAAGACUUCUGCAGCUUUUCAUUCUCCAACGUUUGAAACAUUCCUUAAAUAGAAAAGCAUUCAACAGUCAUAUAUGUUUCAGAAUAAUCUUGUCUUCUAGCCACAAAUGACCUGGCUCUGCCUGUGAUCUCAUUUCUUUGUUUGCUUUUUUUUUAGGUUGGUGGUAACUCAAUAGAUCAAGUUAGCUGUGUUCUGGUAGGCAGAGUGUCAGUCACCAUCAUCUAAUAAGUCAUAAUGUCCCAAGAGGUGAGAAGAUACUCGUGCUUUGUCCUCCCUUUUACAACUUCAUUCUUCUUAAACUAGAUAAUGGGUAGGUGAAUUGGUAAAGAAAAACACAGGACUGCUUUGGGAAACCUACUCCUAGUGGUCAUGAAUGCCCAAGAUAUACCACUGAUAAUGAUCUUAGGAAUGUAAUUUUUUUAUAUAUCAGAGGCCUUUAUCACUAAUUAAACAGAGAAGAAUGGAAGAAGGAGAAAAAAUAUUUUACACCACAAGUAAAGAAAACACAUUUUUUCCUUGUCCUCCAAAUCCAAACUCUCACAAAUUACUGUGUCCACAUAUUCCUUUAAACACAGGCCUGGGUGAUGUAAAACAAGGACCAUCUGUAGAACUCAGUUCUGAGUUACUCUCAUUUACUUUGCUCCUUCCUUUUAUUUUUAUCCUAGAGGUGAUUUCUGACAUAGAGCUAUUUCAUCAGAAAACCACCAUAUCAUAUCAGGAGGCUAAAGUACUUCAGCAUUUCUCAGGUGUUUUAUUCCUAAUGAGUGAGUUUUCUAAGACUAUGUGGAAGCAACUACAAAAAAAAACCUGAAUAAAUCUCUUUUGAAAAUUUGGUAUUUCCUCAUCCUUAGUAAGGAAAUUAUAAUCAGGUACUGAUUUAAAAAUAGGUAAGUAGCAGUUUGCUUUUUCAGUUCAAUUCAUCCCAGUCAUAUUUUCCAUACAACUUACUGAUGAGUGUCUCUAGCCAGUGAACUUUCAGGGGAAACAAAAUGUUGAGAUCUCCAAGGCUACAAUAGGAAAUAGCUUUUGCUCAUUAAAAUGUUUAUUUAUCCUUUCUGUCUCAUUCUAGAUGGUGGCAGGAAUUGCACUUUAGGUGGUUUACUGUGUAUGAGCAGAUUCCCUCCCACUUACUUAUGUUUGUGGAAGAGAAAUUAGCUGUCUUAUAUUUAAACUUACUUUUCAAAAUAAAAAUUCUAACAAAACAUAUUUUGUUAAAAACGGUAUUCUUAAAUUAAAAUGUUUUAAGGAAAACUUUAGGUGGACUCAAUUAUGUUCUGCUUUAACAUCAAAUAUUCUUCUUCUUCUUUUUUUUUUUUUUUAGAGGUUGUCUGUUGU